UGGCAGCACUGAGCUCUCAUUCUGCAAUUCCAUUCCCAUUUUCUCGUGGAAACCGGAAGCAAGCCCUGAUCCACAGUGAGCGAGAGAUAUUCGCCCAGAGAGCAGCCGGUGUGUGAAACUCGUGCGGUGGUUUGUGGGACUAGUGGGCUCAGAGCUGGGUUUCUCAGGAGACGGUGGUAGAAAGGAGGAAGCAAGUAUUCGCUUCUCAUGGCGGUAUCGGCGGCGAAGCGGAGACCGCGGCAGGAGGACACCUCCAUUGCCCCCAACAUUAAAAACAAAAGGCGAAGGGUCGUCCAAUUCUCCAACCGGGCAGUUGCAGCAUUUGCGAUCGGCAUCCUCUGCACCAAAGUCCUCUGUGCCCAGGCAGCCAUCUACUUCACCAAGGAGCCGAAGUCCCAGGAUGCCCUCCAUGGGCGUAGCGCCAUCCUGCGCUGCGAGGUGGAGAACCCAGCCGACAUGGUGUUCGAGUGGCUGCACGACGGUGUGCCUGUCCAGGACUCGGAGAGACGCUUCAAGGAGAGCAGCAACCUGAAAUUCACUGCCGUAGACCGCCGCGAGGAUGCUGGCAACUUCCAGUGUGUGGCAACCAACACGGUCAGCGGGGACCAGGCUCGCUCAACCAAUGCCUCCUUCAAUAUCAAAUGGUUGGAAACUGGAGGGGUCACCCUGAAGGAGCCGCCCACUGUGUCUGAAAUCCAGAGCUCUUCUCCGGUCACACUGCGCUGCAACAUAGAUGGCCAUCCACGUCCGACAUGCCAGUGGUUUAAAGAUGGCUCAAAGUUGACUGAUAGAAUCCAUCAAAUCAACAACAAGGAGCGAACAUUGACUCUGAAGAGUGCCAGUCCUGAUGACAAUGGGGUUUAUUACUGCUGUGCAAAGAACGCAGUGGGCCAGAUCUGCAGCAACGAAAACUUUACACUUGGCAUUAUAGAUGAAAGUUACCCGCGGCCGCUGAUCGUUCCUCAGGACCAGGUAGUGAACAGGAACGAGGAGGCCAUGCUUCACUGCCAGUUCACGGCCCAGCCACCGCCUGUGCAAGAGUGGUUCUUCGAAGGUGAACUUGUCACAAACAAGACACGGGUUUUUUUGUUCAACAAUGGCUCCCUGCAGAUUACCCAGGUGAAGACUCGCAACACUGGGGUUUACAAGUGUGUGGCGAAGGGACCAAAAGGCAAUUCUGCAGAGCUGACUGCAACACUGAGAAUAGCAGACAUUGAAGACAUGAUGCCGAUGAAACCGGAGGUCUUCACUGCAGACACCAUGCAGCGUGUGUACUGCCGCCCGCCCCAGGGACACCCAGAGCCGGCUGUGUGGUGGGAGAGGGAGGGCGUCAGGAUCCCCUCCAGCGGGCGAGUCUACAGUGAGGGCAAGGAACUCAUCUUCAGCCCCAUAGAAGGAGGGGACUCGGGGACGUACACCUGCCUCGCCGAGAACAAAGCUGGCCUGAAGAAACAGGAGAUGACCAUCACUGUGGCGACCAAACCAGAGUGGGUAACGAAGCCCAUGGACAGUCAGCUGGAGGAGGGUAAGCCAGGAUUCCUUCACUGUCAGACCCAAGCCACUCCAGACCCACAGGUGACCUGGUACCGUAACAGCAUCGACAUCUCUGACGAUGGUCGUUUCGAGAUCUUUCCGAAUGGGACUCUGUGCAUUCAUAAAGUGGAGGUGUAUGACGGGACCAUCUACCAGUGCUCCAGCAGCACCCGCGCAGGCAGGAUAGAUGGGCAGGCCCGGGUGCAUGUGCUGGAGCGGCUGAAGUUCACCCCUCCUCCACAGCCCCUGCAGUGCAUGGAGCUGGAUAAAGAGACCAGUGUGCAGUGCUCCGCCACAGGCCGUGAGAAACCCACCGUCCAGUGGAUAAAAGCAGAUGAGGGCAAAAUCCCACCUUAUGUUGAGCAGCAGGGCGGAAUCCUCCAUUUCACCAAAGUGACACGGAGUGAUGCUGGCAACUACACCUGCAUUGCAUCUAACAGCCAGCAGGGGGAGAUCCGGGCAAUGGUGCAUCUUAACGUGGCAGUGUAUAUACUGUUCAAGUUGGACCCUGAGAACACGACGGUGUACCAGGGGCACACGGCUAUUCUUCACUGCCAGGCUACUGGAGACCCAGCUCCCUCCAUACAGUGGAAGAUCAAGGACAAGAUCCUGGACUCCAGCAAAACCUCACCAAAGUUUCAGAAAAUGCCGAAUGGCUCCUUGGUUAUCAAUGAUGUGACCACUGAGGAUUCGGGGAAAUAUACCUGCAUAGCCGGAAACAGCUGUAACAUCAAACACAGGGACGCCUUUCUCUACGUCGUAGAAAAACCAGUGACUAAAACGCAGGAAGAGAUCGGGCAGACUCCUUACAAGAUGAUCCAGACGAUCGGCCUGUCUGUGGGAGCAGCAGUGGCCUACAUCAUCGUCGUCCUGGGCCUGAUGUUCUACUGCAAGAAGCGCAGGAAUGCCAAGAGGCAACAGAAGAGCCCCGAGGGAGAGGAGCCUGAAAUGGAGUGUCUGAACGGCGGGAGCGCUGUGCAGCAGAAUGGACAGACAACUGCUGAGAUCCAAGAGGAGGUGGCUCUGACCAACAUGGGCACCACAGUCACAGCCAACAAGCGACACAGCAGCAACGACAAGAUGCACUUUCCACGCACCAAUCUACAGACCAUCACCACACUCGGAAAGGGAGAGUUCGGGGAGGUGUUCCUGGCCAAGGCGAAGGGUGUGGAGGACCCGGAGACGGAGACGGUGGUGCUGGUGAAAAGCCUGCAGACCCGUGACGAGCAGCUCCAGAUGGACUUCCGCCGUGAGUUUGAGAUGUUCGGCAAGCUGAACCACGGCAAUGUGGUGCGGCUCCUGGGGCUGUGCAGGGAGGCUGAGCCCCAUUACAUGAUACUGGAGUACGUCGACCUGGGCGAUUUAAAGCAGUUCCUGAAGAUUGCGAAAAGUAAAGACGAGAAGAUCAAACCACAGCCAAUUAGCACUAAACAGAAAGUUUCAAUCUGCGGACAGGUGGCAAUGGGAAUGGAGCACCUUUCGAACCAUCGCUUUGUGCACAAGGACCUGGCAGCUCGCAACUGUCUCAUCAGCGCCCAGAGGCAGGUCAAGGUGUCUGCGCUCAGCCUCAGCAAAGAUGUCUACAACAGCGAGUACUACCAUUUCCGCCAGGCAUGGAUCCCACUGCGCUGGCUGCCAGCUGAGUCGAUAUUCGAAGACGAUUUCUCCACCAAAUCAGACGUCUGGUCUUUCGGGGUUUUGAUGUGGGAGGUGUUCACUCACGGAGAACAGCCCUACAUCAAACUCACUGACGAUGAGGUGCUGGCAGGAUUACAAGGUGGUAAAAUGAAGCUCCCUGCGCCCGAAGGUUGCCCUUCCAAGCUCUACAAGCUGAUGGUGCGCUGCUGGGCCCCCAGCCCCAAGGACCGCCCCUCCUUCAGCGAACUCGCCAACGCACUCGGAGACAUCUCGGCGGACAGCAAAGCCUGAAUCCAGGAGACUGCUGGGGCGGGAGGGAGGGGGGGCGGAGAUUGGGCAUUGGAAUAUUUAAAAAAAACAAAACUAAAACAAAUCUAUGGAAAGUGUUGAAAAUGAAAUCCUUUUGUUGCAGACUCCCCAGGUACUCAUUGAGUGUCAAUGACAUUUUACAUCUAAAAAGAGUCAGAUUACUAAGUGGUGGGAGGGGGGUGCAUGCCUUAAAAUCCAACGUGCUGGAAAAGCUCUGCGUAUUGAAAGACUUUUAAAAACUGUGCAUUGAGGGUACAUUCCUACAUCACUGCAGACUGAAUUCCUCAAUGCGCAUGACUCUGGGAACUACCUUUUCAAAUAAACCCCACAGGGUUCCGUCACAGCAACUCAUCCAUAAGAAUCACACUCAACAGCAAGCACCAAGCCUGCAGAAGAACAGAGUUUAAAACGACCACACAGAGAAAUCUGUUGCUGGAGGUUUACAGUACUGUGCUGUGUGGGGACUCAAUUUGUCGUUUAUGUUGUCGGUGGGGUGGGGGGGGGGUAUUUUUAGGUACAUAAAAAAAGAAGAGAAAUAUUGUUCUUUUUACUCUGAUAUGACGACUAAGCACAAUAAAUUCUUCUAUCAGUACUGAGGCAGGCCUUGAUAUUCAGAAGCUGCUUUUUAAAGGGCUGCUUUUAUAAUUGGACCUGUAGCCAUAUAUCCUGAUUUUGUUCUCAUGAUGUAAAAACAAUUUUAUUUUGGUAAGUCGUGUAUGUAUAUAAAAAUAUAAUGAACUCCUUGGGUUAUUCGUUUAUAAUACAUGCACAACACUAAAAACAAUGAAAGUUUGUGUCUUAGUAAAACUACAGCUGCAUCAUCACGCACACAAAGCCUAUAAGAAACCUGAUUUUGUAUCCUCUGAUCGAUUUUUUUUUGUGAGCAAUUUCAUAAUAAGGAUAAAAUUGCAUCGGAUACAUUCAUUUAUGAAAAUCCCAGUAUCUUGAAUUUCAAGUCCUAAGUUCAAUGGUGAAACAACAUUGCUGUUUUCUAUUGUUUGUUGUGUUAGUUUUAUUUGUGUUAAGGUUACCUGCUCAGACCAAGGGGAAUGCUGUUUAGUGCAACUAAGGAGAGAAGACUUGGCUGAGGCGUCAUGCCCACCUGGAGAUGUGUACAUACUGUAGAAACCACAUGCUAACCAAUACUAGCAUUUUAUAUUUUAGAAGGAUAUCCAAGAACCUGAUUGUUUAUUCAAAAGGUUCUUUGUUCUUUUUUCAUUGUUUUUUCCACAAUGGUACUGCUUUACUUUAUCAUUGUAUAUGUUUUAGGCAUUGUAUUAAUACAUAUCACAAUAUCUUUUAAAAGCCAGAGGGAGAAAAAAAUAACUGGCACAAGGCUUGUUAUGCUCAAUAUUUAAGUGCCUGUUAUAUGAAGGAAUGUUGGCAGAUUUACAGUAUCUUAUGAAAUACAAAGGCCUUUUUUGUUUUUGUUUUUAUUUUUUGUUGUUUUUUGUUUUAUAGUUCUUUGGUUAAACAAAACUUUUUUGUAUACAUUUUUUAUUAUUUGUUAAAGUGUGCAAAAAAAACUGAAAUUUUAUUUAGCAGUUUAUUUUGAAAUCUACGCGCAUAUACCUAGUACUUUUUUAAUCGGCUUGUGCAAAUGGUUAUAGUAGCCAUGAUUUAUACGUGCUGCUCUCAAUAAACUUCAUCUUUUGUAA